GCUGCGGGGUCGCCGCCAAUGCGGGCGGGGCGGCGGCGCCUGCGCCGGCUCCCGCUGCGCUCGGUUCCGCUCUGCCGUGCGGCCCGGCCCGCCUGGUCCGCCUGGCCCGCACAGCCAUGUGGAGCCGCUGCCGGGGGCUGCUGGGCCGCGGCCGGUCCCCGAGUCGGCGGGCGUGGAGGUGGAAGAGCAUUGCGGCGAAUGAGAGAGCGCUGCAGUACCGGGUGGGCGAGCAGAUCCACGGCUUCACCGUGGAGCAGGUGACAGCUGUUCCUGAGCUGUUCCUGACUGCAGUGAAGCUAAGUCAUGAUGGGACAGGAGCCAGGUAUUUACAUGUGGCUCGGGAGGACUCCAAUAAUCUGUUCAGUAUCCAGUUCAGAACCACUCCAAUGGACAGCACUGGGGUCCCACAUAUUCUGGAGCACACGGUGCUGUGUGGUUCCCAAAAGUAUCCCUGUAGAGAUCCGUUCUUUAAAAUGUUAAACAGGUCACUCUCCACUUUUAUGAAUGCAUUCACAGCUAGUGAUUACACACUCUAUCCAUUUUCAACUCAAAAUCCCAAGGACUUUCAGAACCUCCUCUCAGUGUACUUGGAUGCAGCUUUCUUUCCAUGUUUACGUCAGCUAGAUUUCUGGCAAGAAGGCUGGAGGUUAGAACAUGAAAACCCAGCUGAUCCUCAGACACCUCUGGUCUUCAAAGGAGUUGUUUUUAAUGAAAUGAAAGGGGCAUUUACAGAUAAUGAGAGGAUAUUUGCACAGCACCUGCAGAACAAAAUCCUUCCUGAUCACACUUACGGUGUAAUUUCUGGUGGAGAUCCAUUGUGUAUUCCUGACCUUACAUGGGAGCAGCUUAAGCACUUCCAUGCCACACAUUAUCAUCCAAGCAAUUCCAGAUUUUUCACUUACGGUAAUUUUCCCCUGGAGCAACAUCUGAAGCAAAUACAUGAGGAAGCAUUGGUAAAAUUUGAAAGAAUUGAGUCAAAUACUGACAUCCCAAAACAGAAACUCUGGGAAAAGCCUAGAGAACACAGGGUAACGUGUGGCAGGGACUCCUUUGCUGCUGAUCCUUCCAAGCAGACCACUGUCAGCGUCAGCUACUUGUUGACAGAUAUUACAGACACUUUUGAAACGUUCACCUUAAGCCUGUUGUCUUCACUGUUGGUUGAUGGGCCAAAUUCUCCUUUUUACAAAGCCUUAAUUGAGUCUGGUGUUGGCACGGAUUUUUCUCCUGAUGUUGGGUUUAAUGGCUCAACAAGAGAAGCUUAUUUCAGUGUGGGUCUGCAGGGGAUUGCUGAAGGAGACAUUGAUACUGUGAAGCAGAUAAUUGAUAGAACAGUCGAUGAAGUUAUUGCGAAAGGAUUUGAGGAUGAUAGGAUUGAAGCUCUACUUCACAAAAUUGAAAUACAGCUGAAGCAUCAGUCUACGAGUUUUGGACUUGCCCUGACAUCUUACAUAGCCUCGUGCUGGAAUCAAGAUGGGGAUCCAGUGGAGCUUCUGAAGAUUGCAGAUAAAGUCUCUCGGUUCAGGCAGUGUCUUAAAGAAAAUCCCAGAUUUCUUCAGGAAAAAGUUAAAACCUACUUCAAGGAUAAUCCGCACAAAUUGACUCUGUCAAUGAGUCCAGAGGAAGACUACCAUGACAAACAAGCUAAAAUGGAAGCAGAAAAGCUGGAAAAAAAGGUCAAUGCACUUUCUGAAGAAGAAAAAACACAAAUCUUUGAAAAAGGUUUGGAAUUAAUUGCUCUUCAAAGCAAACCUCAGGAUACAUCUUGUCUCCCAGCUUUAAAAGUGUCUGACAUCGAGCCCAAAAUCCCCUUCACUGUGCUGGAGACAACACUCACAGCUGAUGAAAUUCCUGUGCAGUACUGUGCUCAGCCAACCAAUGGGGUGAUUUAUUUCCGAGCUGUCUCCAGUCUGAACACUCUUCCUGAGGAGCUCAAGCCAUACGUGCCUCUCUUCUGCAGCAUCAUCACCAAGAUGGGAUGUGGAGCCCUUGAUUACAGAGAACAAGCCCAGAAAAUAGAACUAAAAACAGGUGGUAUGUCUGUCAGCCCACAUAUCAUUCCAGAUGAUUCUCACCUGGAUGCCUAUGAACAGGGUGUGCUCUUUUCAUCUCUGUGCUUGGAUAGAAAUCUGCCAGACAUGAUGAAUUUAUGGAGUGAAAUAUUUAACAACCCAAGAUUCGAGGAGGAGGAACAUUUCAGAGUGCUGGUUAAGAAGACUGCCCAGGAGCUGUCAAAUGGCAUUCCAGAUUGUGGGCAUUUGUAUGCCUCUAUUAGAGCCAGCAAAAACCUUACACCUUCUGGAGAGCUGCAGGAAAUGUUCAAUGGGAUGGAUCAGGUGAAGUUGAUGAAGAGAAUAGCAGAAAUGUCUGAUAUUAAACCAAUCCUACGUAAACUACCACGCAUUAAGAAGUAUUUGUUAAACAGUGACAACAUCAGAUGUUCUGUGAAUGCAGCACCUCAGCAGAUACCAGAAGCAUCUAAAGAAGUAGAAAACUUUCUAAAGGGCAUAGCCAGAAGUAAAAAAGAGAGAAAACCUGUUCGUCCACAUGUGAUUGAGAAAUCUUCAGAAGUGAAACCUGUGGGAAGUGAAAUGGUUACUGGUUUGCAAAUCACAAGGAAAUUAAUUAGUGAUCCUACUUUCAAGCCAUGCCAGAUGAAGACCCAUUUUGUACUUCCCUUCCCAGUGAACUACAUUGGGGAAUGCAUUCGAACAGUUCCCUACACAGCUGCAGACUAUGCCAGCCUUCGAAUUCUCGCACGGUUGAUGACAGCUAAAUUCCUGCACACAGAAAUCAGAGAGAAAGGAGGGGCUUAUGGUGGAGGUGCUAAACUUAGUCCCAAUGGCAUAUUCACAUUCUACUCCUACAGGGAUCCAAAUUCUUUAGCCACCUUGAAAACAUUUGAAAAAGCAGUUGAAUGGGCCAAAUCUGGAGAAUUCACACAGCAAGAUAUUGAUGAAGCUAAACUAUCAGUGUUUUCUGCUGUGGAUGCACCAAUAGCUCCUUCAGACAAAGGAAUGGGUCAGUUCUUAUAUGGGAUUUCAGAUGAAAUGAAGCAGUCGCACAGAGAACAACUUUUUGCUGUCAACAGUGAUAACCUGAUUGAUGUAUCAAACAAGUACCUUGCAGUUGGGAAGAGCACUCGUGGUCAAGCUAUACUUGGCCCAGAAAAUGCAGAUGUCACCAAAGAUCCCUCAUGGGUCAAACGAUGACUUUACAGCUGAACAUCCACAGAAAACAAACCAAUCUGUGUGACUACAGAUUAGGGGUUUUUAGUAACUUCUAGCAGUGCUAUGGUCCAACUGAAAUAUUCAUUGCUGUUUUCCAGCAAUGUUCAGCAAACCAGUUAGAAGCUCCCCUUCUCGAAAUAACAAUGUGAACAAUUUUCUAACCAUACAGUAUUUGAGAGCAAGAAUUACAUGCUCUGCAUGGCAAAGAUAGACUUUAAUCUUUUACUGAAGCCUCACUCCUCCAAUCACAAAUGAGUACUAUAUAAAUGAAAUAUUUUUGUAUAUGUAAAACUCUAGUUUUAACUGGUGUUUUGUUUGAAACCAUGUCUGCUGUUGGAUAUAUAAAGAGCUGUCUCUCAUACUGACA